AUGGACAAGCGCCUGAGCCUCAAGCUCAACGGCAACCGCAAGGUGUCGGGCGUGCUGCGCGGCUUCGACCAGUUCAUGAACGUCACGCUGGACGAGACGGUCGAGGAGGUCUCGGCCACCGAGUCCAACCGCAUCGGCAUGGUGGUGAUUCGAGGCAACAGCAUUGUGCAGUUCGAGUGUCUGGAGCGGAUCUAG